CUGCUAGGGGUCCUGUCCUCCAUUGCAGCCUUCAUGGGCCUGAUGGCUCUCUUUUUUCUUUACCUCAGCAACAAGCUGUCUGUGGAGAGCACAAGCAACCUGUCAUGUCUGGACGACUAUAGGCCCGACCAGCAAGACCAGAGCUGCCCAGAACGUGGCUCUGAGGACGAUAGUGAGGAGGACAGACCAGGGAGACACUCUGAAUCCUCAGCCCAGCACAGAGCCUCAGUCUGGGAUAACAGACAGAAACGCAACAGCGACCACAGCAGUGAAGCCUCCAUUGGACAAACCAACAAUAUCCAGCGGAUGAGACGGGGCUCCCCCCUCAACGAGAACCAGCCUCCCCCGUACCAGGACGAGGAUAGACCGGUCCGGGUGUCUCUCUCGCGGUCGGAGGUAGGGGUUCUGGGGGAGUCGAACCCUGACGGCAAUGGUACACGGCGCUCAAGCAAGGCCAGCGUUGACCAGGACACUGCGAGUUACCUCAACAAGGGCUAUGAUGAGGAUGUACCUAGUGACAGCACUGCCGUCCUGGGACCAGAGGAUGGUUCACCCUCCCAGCUCCCCGGUGGCUAUGAGCCCGAGCCACUGGCUAAGUACGGCACGCUGGACGUGGCCUUCGAGUAUGACUCGGGCAAGCAACACCUCGCCGUCACUGUCACUGCGGCAACCGACAUCCCCGUGCUCAAACAGACAGGCAACAUCGCGUGGCAGGUACACCUGGUAUUACUGCCCACUAAGAAGCAGCGGGCCAAGACGGGGGUGCAGAGGGGGCCGUGCCCAGUGUUCACAGAGACCUUCCGCUUCUCCCGGGUGGAGCAGGAGGCACUGGCGGACCACGCCGUCCGGUUCCGCCUCUACAGCGUCAGGAGGAUGAAGAAGGAGAAGGUGUUGGGCGAGAAGGUUUUCUAUUUGACUAAACUCAACCUGCAGGGCAAGAUGGCGCUGCCCGUUACACUGGAGCCUGGCACUGCACUAAUGGGCUGUGGGUCGUUGGUGAGUGUGUCCCGUAGUGCAGGGGCUCUAUCCUACCGUUCCACCGGGGACUCCUCCCCAGAAAUUCUACUGGGCCUCAUCUACAACGCCACCACUGGUAGGCUCUCUGCAGAGGUCAUCCAGGGCAGCCACUUCAAAAACACAGCCUCAGACAAACCUCCCAGUGGUCUGUUCUGUUGUAUGAAACAGUUCAUCGGGGGACAACUUUACAUCAUGAGAGACACCUAUGUGAAGCUGACCAUGCUCGACUCCAAGGGCAAGGAGAUGUCCAAGUGCAAGACGUCAGUUUGCCGCGGCCAGCCCAACCCCACUUACAAGGAGACCUUUGUCUUCCAGGUGGCCCUCUUCCAGCUGUCCGAGGUCUCCCUGGUGGUGUCCGUGUACAGCCGGAGGAGCAGCAUGAAGGCCAGGGAGAGGGUGGGCUGGGUGUCCCUGGGGCUCAACAGCACCGGAGAGGAACAGCAGGCCCACUGGAGCCAGAUGAAGGAGGCCGGGGGACAGCAGGUGUGCAACUGGCACGCGCUCUUGGAAUCUUGAGCAGGUCUUUAUGAGAAUCACAAGAUUUCAUCUCGGUGACACAGGAGGAGAAAUACAGAGCCAGAGGAAGAUUAUAGGGUAUCUUGAUCUCGGUGUUGAAAGGGGAUUGGUUCCUUGACCUUCCGUCAGAGAUGCAGACGAGGAACCAUCUACCAAUGCUAUGCAUAUGAACCUGGAAUGGGAUGUGUGUGAGGGUGCAGCGCUAUGAGAGGCAUGUGGAUUCCACAUGGAGUCGCUGUUCAUUAAGUGCUGCUUUAAAUACCCUUUAAUAUGUAAAAGAGCCACUUGACCUGAGAAAGACUGACUGGUUCUAAGCAAUGACUUCCUGCUCCUGUCAGACUGAUCUUUUAAUACAACAGCUGAUAAACUUCAGUUAUGAACUGGUCCUGAAAUGGACGAAACUGCUACUGAAAUGAACACAGCGGGUCCUGAUCCAGUCUCUGAUUGAUGCCAAUUUUGUGUAAUUCAUUUCCCAUAUUCUGAUCCAUAAUAAUAUUUUUUGCAUGCAAUUGUUUACAGAAGAUGAUCAAAAUACGACCAUACAUAUCUCGUACAAUGGACCAUUUUCAUCCUGAACCGAGGACCAAAGAGUGUGUGGAAGAACAACGACCAAAACAAGCCAGCCCCCUCACAUUCUUCUGGAGUUGUACUGGCCAUAGAAAUAGAAUUACAAGAAGGGGAAAAGCCCCUCAGACCACUGCAAUUUAAAUGACACAAUCAUGGAUUCACUCAAUAUGGCCGAAAUGUUAAUUCUAUUUCUAAUGGUACUGACUUCUAAUAACACCAGCAUCAGUCAUUUCUCAAAAGACGCUCACAGCCAUUGGUAACAGGUAUGAUGUUACCAUGACUGUUAAAGCCAGCUGGGCCUGUUAUGUGCUGUAACAACUAUGCUAACAAGCUAUGCUUAUUUUUACACUUUGUUACAUUCACGUGACAUUAUGCAACAUCCAUUUGACUGAUUUGUCAUUUUUAUUUUUGGGGUUUCUUUUGACAGCCGUUUCAUCUCCCGUUGUAAUGAGUGUAUUAUCUUGUGUGCAUGUGUUCAAGAACACAAAAUACAAAGUACAUCUUCAGAAUCACAUUUAGCAUCAUUUGAGAAUUUUUGUGGCUCACUGAAUCAGACAACUCUGUAGCCAACACCAUCCUUAUAAAAGUCCCAUCACCUUUCGUGUGGAAGCUACAGUGCCUUCAGAAAGUUCACACCCCUUUUUCCACAUUUUGUUGUUACAGCCUGAAUAUUAAAUAGAUUUUUUUGUCACUGGCCUACACACAAUACCCCAUAAUGUCAGUGGAAAUUGUAAAAAAAAUAAAAAUAGAAAAAUGACUGAAAUAUCUUGAGUCAAUAAGUAUUCAAUCCCUUUAUGGCAAGCCUAAAACUGUUCAGGAGUACAUUUGUGCUUAACAAGUCACGUGUGUAAUAAUAGUGUAACAUUUUUUUAAUGACUACCUCAUCUCUGUACCCCACACUUGCAAAGAAGGGCACAUUUUGGUAGACAAUAAUUGAAUAUCCCUCUGAUCAUGGUGAAGUUAUGAAUUACACUUUGGAUGGUGUAUCAAUACACCCAGUCACUAAAGAUACAGGCGUCCUUCCUAACUCAG